AUGCGGACAUCGAACGGGUGGGCCGACCCGAACUGUUUUCGAGACAAAUCGGCCUCGAGCUCGCAACACCCGAAGCGGUCGUCGUGGAGGCUCUGCAAUGAAUACGGGACAAAUUUUCUCAAGAAAUGGCUGCAGCAUGCAGCAUGCAGCAUAGCUACGGAUUCGAGUAAGUAACUUCAUGAAAUGUGCUCUAGGUGUGGGGUUCUUGAGGAGCUAAUGGAAGACUACCAAGCAGCAAGUCCCUUCAACACGUCUUCGUUGAAUGUCAACCCUCGAGUUAUCUUUCUUCACCAUCAACUGGUGACACUGCAUUCGUGA